CUUACAGGCCUGUCCCCCUCUCUCCCCAGCUGCACGGCUACAUGGAGAGCGAGCCGCUCACCCUGCAGCUGUUCAUCGGGACGGCGGACGACCGGCUGCUGAGGCCCCACGCCUUCUACCAGGUGCACCGGAUCACGGGCAAGACCGUCUCCACCACCAGCCACGAGGCCAUCCUCUCCAACACCAAGGUCCUGGAAAUCCCGUUGCUGCCCGAAAACAACAUGCGUGCGAUCAUCGACUGCGCCGGGAUCCUGAAGCUCAGAAACUCUGACAUCGAGCUCCGCAAGGGGGAGACAGACAUCGGGAGGAAGAACACGCGGGUGAGGCUGGUCUUCCGCGUCCACGUCCCGCAGCCCAACGGCCGGACGCUGUCGCUGCAGGUCGCCUCCAACCCCAUCGAGUGCUCCCAGCGCUCGGCCCAGGAGCUGCCCCUCGUGGAGAAGCAGAGCGCGGCCAGCGGCCCCGUCCUCGGCGGGAAGAGGAUGGUCCUGUCCGGCCACAACUUUCUGCAGGACUCCAAGGUCAUUUUCGUGGAGAAAGCACCAGACGGCCACCACAUCUGGGAGAUGGAGGCGAAAAUCGACGGAGCCCUGUGCAAGCCGAACUCGCUGGUGGUCGAGAUCCCGCCUUUUCGCAACCAGAGGAUAACCAGCCCCGUCCAAGUCAACUUCUACGUCUGCAACGGGAAGAGAAAGAGGAGCCAGUACCAGCACUUCACCUACCUGCCCGCCAAUGUUCCAAUCAUAAAGACGGAGCCCAGCGAUGACUACGAGCCUGCCCUCACCUGUGGACCAAUGAGCCAGGGCCUGAGCCCGCUCCCCAAGCCCUGCUACGGCCAGCCGCUCGCCCUGCCGCCCGACCCGGGCUCCUGCCUCGCGCCCGGCUUCCCGCCCCGUCCACAGAGCAGCGCCAGCCCCGAGCUCCACGACCUCUCCUGCGCCCCCUACGGCCCGGCCACGGCCGGCCCGGGCCACGGCCCCCUCGGACUUCCGCGGCCAGUCGGCGGGGUCCUCGCCGGCCAGGAGGCGCCGAGACCCGCGGGCGUGCCUCCCGGGCCCCCCCAGCCGCCGCCCCCCGCCCCGCUGCAGCCACAGGUGAGUCCGCCGUCAAGUGGUAGCUGCUCGCCGGGGUGCCGGCCAGCGCUCUGUCCCCACGGUCCCUCCUCUCCGCUGCCGCCCGGGACCCAAGAGCCGACCCACCUGCAGCCCUGCGGCCCCGCGCGCCCCCCCGGGACGGGCCACCAGCAGCACCAGCCGUCCGAGGUUCCGAGCAGCGAGCCUGCAGCCGCCCGGCCCCUGCCAGCGCCCGAGGUGCGUGAGGACAGUAAUCCUAGUCUGGCCCCCAUUCCCGUAACGGUCAAGCGAGAGCCUCAGGAGCUGGACCCGCUGGACCUGGACGACGAUUUAUAUAUAGAGCUCCCGACGGGGCCAGAGGAGGACAGGGCCAAGCCUCACUCAGAGAGCAGUCCCGCCAUGGCCUGCGUCUGGGCCCAGAAUGUCCAGGACACACCGAGCGAUGGCGCCGCCUCCUACCAGCCCGGGCGCCCCCUCCGAGGUUCAG